AUGUACCUAAGGGGUACAUAUCUUGAUCCAAACAUAGCUUAUGUUUCAUUUCAAGACUUAUACACCCGUUUUACGACAUUUAUACAAGCUUUGGGCUCAGAGUACGACAACGAUAUGUUGUGGAAAGUGCUCAGCCUUGUAUUCGAACCCAAGAGAAGCGAAGGCCUUCCAUCCAUAGGCAAGAGAAUAUCCCGUUACGCAGCGGUCAAGGCGCUCAAUGUGCCACGAAGCGGUUCGAAGCUAGAAGAGUUGGUGCUGCUGGGUAAGAUACUCGACGAAGUUGCGACUGUUCACGAGAAGAUGCCUGCCCCUUGUUGGGUGCCUGAAUCUGAAUCUGAAUCCAAAUGGAGAGAAUAUCUGAUCAAUGUCGCGUGUUGGGAAGAGAGGAUCGCUGACGAUGUAAUGAGUCGCAUUCCAAAGAGGGGCGAGACAGAACCUCGGGUUGGAGUUGUAGGACAAAUCACCUCCGACGAGUAUUGGCAUACGCUGGUAGAUCAUGAAGAGUGCUACAUAGACGAAACGAUAACCCGUGAUUGGUACCUCGAUUUUCAAGCGAUGGGCCGACAACUGAGAGGUGUCAUUACUGACAAAACAAUUCGAAAAACAGAAGCAGACCCCCCACAUUUGCAGUCAAACACACCCGAGGUAGCCACUGAGGUGCAGUCAACGGCAGAAGAUGAACAUAAGAACGCACACCAGUUCUUAGAGGCCAUGCGGAAGGUCGCUCACAAGCAGUUUUUCGUGACUAGAGAAGGGUAUCUCAGCUCAACAAUGCCGGGCGUACUGCCAGGAGAUAGACUCGUCGCGCUGAAUGGGUCACCGAUACUGCACAUUAUCAGGCAGGUGACUGUCGCUGAUGGCAGCCAACCAGAAACAUGGAAAUUUGUGGGCGAAGCAUAUUUGCCCACUCCGAUGCAUGAGAACGAGCAGGAGAAAGAUGUACAAAAGUUAGCUACAGACGAGGGCGAUUCAGAAGCAAUCGAUGCAGAAGAAAGAGAUGUGGAAGAGAGGGAGUUUGUGUUUGUAUAG